CAAAACUCGACCUCCCCCACCGCCGCCGUGGCGUGCGCGAUGGUCGUCUCCUUCAGGCUCUCUCGCCGCGGGCGCCGUGUCCACCCGCCGCCGCUGGUACCGCUGUCCGCCUCCAUCCACGCGGGCGAUGAUUCGCGCCCUCACGCCGCGGCAUUCCUUUACGUGCCGCCCCCACCGCCUUAUCCGCCGUGCGAGGCUGCCGUUUCGCGGCUUCAUGCUGGAAUCGCUGCUCGAUCGGAAUUGACUGACAGCAAUGAAACUAUUCCUGCCGAAUCAGAUCUUGAGCCGUCCUUUGCACUGAACCUGUUUCCCGAUGGGUAUUCAGUCGGAGAGCCGGGCAAGGGAAUGCUUUUGUAUCUGAUUGGUGAUGAUCCAAAGAAGCGGCCAUACAGUAGGGCAUCGAGAGCUUUGCUUUCUGAUAUUGAGCAUGGCUUCUUGCCUCAGGACAUCUUACACGAUAUCCCUUGCAAAUUCCAAAAUGGAUCGACUUUGUGUGAGGUGAGGGACUACAGAUCGGUUUUCUGCAAUGUUGAUGAUUAUUCAGGACAUGACUUCCCAAGGGUUAAUAGAGUCCAUCUUAGGUUGGGCACUGAAUGUGUUGUGAAAGAUCUGUCUUCCAUUGCAGAUGCUGCAUGGACAUAUCAUGAUCAAUUAACUGCCGAGUCCAUCAUCCUCAAUGCUUUGCAACCCAGACUUAAUUUGGACCCUACACCUUGCCCUGAAAUGCUUUGCAAUUCAAGUGCUAAGAAGAUUGAUCUGGGUCUAAAUAAGGGAAGACAGCAUAAUAAAGAUACCUCAGUUCUUAUGAUGUCUAUCAAUCCUCCUAAAGAUUGCAUGACCAAGGAAUUCAAUAUCUGCAAAGGUGCAACACUUUGCAUCAAGAAUGCAGCUCUAGAGGGCACACCAAGUGGAUUAUUGGACAGCUUGCCAGUUAACUGUCCAUCCCCUAUCCAUGUUAACAAUGCCAAAUCAGCUGCAAGUUCUGAUACUAACAAUAUGGUUCAAUCUUAUUCUACCCUUCCAAACAGUUCUGCCUUGUGUGACAGAAUGCAAUGUGCAUCAGAUAUGGCUCCUGAUCAUUUAUUUCAGGGUGAUGAACAGAGAGCGCAGGUAGAAAUUUUACAGGCUCAUCGUAAAACUGGACAACCACAAUGGAUGACAGUUCUUCCACAUAAGACCAAAAAGCCCUCAAAUCUUCUGCAUGAGAAGCAUGAAUUCAAAAAAUGCAGCACUCCAAACAAAAAUGGAGCGUUGACUUCUCAGAAUUGCAAAGGACUUCAUAAGUCAACAAUUUCUCGAAAUAAAACAGUGCCUGAUCUGGGAUCUCCAAAAAGACUGCAAGUUGAUGCUAAAGUAGGUCAGACAAUAGGCAAAAAGAGCAUGGAAGUGCAGAAACAGGUGCCCUUUUCAGUGCCUCCAAGGGAUCCAUGUACAUCCUUCAACACAACUAAUCCAAGUGUUGACAGAAUCCCUGAAAAUGUUAAACUGUUGCAUAAGAGGUCGAAUGAGCGUCAUGUGGCCCCAAUUUUAGGCCGGAACAAUUCUGAUAUGGUAGAUGUCAAUGUCUGUGAGACUGCUACAAAAUCCCAAGGUACUGCUUCAAAGAAAAGGGGCUCUGAAACUUCUAUCAUUUCUUUGAACCAUGAAACUAAAUUGGAAGGGAAAAGGCAGCAAAGUUUUGAUACUCAGGUCAACAUGCCCUGUAAGAACAGAAGGUUUGAGGAACCAGCUGUUACUGGUGGCAUUAGCAGUCAAUUGGACAUUGAUCUAGAACUAGAUAAGGGAAGACAGCAAAUUGAAGAUAUGUCUCUUCUCAAUAUUUCUGCCAAUGCUCCUGAAUGCUGCAAGCCAAACGAAUUCAAUGUCUGCAAAGUUUUAGCAGUAUGCAGUGAGACUGCAGCUCUAAAAGUCAUGCCAACUGCUAUGUAUAACAACAGGCCGUUGAAUUUUCCAUCAUCUGUCCAUGUUAAUAAUACCAAAUCAAUUGUAGAAUCUGAUCCUGGUAGUGCUCUUCAAUCUCCUUGUACCCUUACAAACAGCCGUGCCUUAUGUGACAGAAAACAAGCUGGAUCAAUAACUCCUGAUAAUGAAGAGCAGCCACAGGUGACAGUUUCACAGGUUGAUCGUGAAAAUAGAAAAAUGCGAAGGGUGACAAUAGUUCCACAGAAGAGAAAGAAGUCUUUAAAAUUGUUGAAUGAAAGGCAUGGAUCCAAAAACCAUGGUCCUCCAAACAGAAAUGAGUUGAGUUCUCAAAAUUUCAAGAGAGAUAAGUCAACAGGAUCUUCAAAUAAUUAUGUGUUUCAUUUGAACUCUCCAAAAGGACAACAAGCUGAGGUUAAUGUAGGUCAGAUAAUAGGCAAUGAGGACAUGAAAGUCCAGGAAAAGGCGCCCUUGUCAGUGAAUUCAAGCUGCCAUCCACGUAUAUCCUUGAGCACAAGCGAUCUAUGUGUUGAGAAAAUCCCUGAACAGGUUAAAUCAUUGCAUACAAGGUUGAUUGAGCGUCACGAGGUCCCAGUUGUGGACCUAAAAAAUUAUGACAUGGCAGAUCCCAGGGAUAGCAGAACACCCUCUGUAACCUCGUUCAGUGCAAAUUCAAGCAAGGUAGCUUGUGAACCUGGUAAGGAUAAGGCUGCGACAGAAUACCAACUUAAGGCUCUGAAUAGAAAGGUCACAGGUACCAUUUCUAUGAACCAAGAAUUCAACUUGAAUGGGAAAAGGCAGCAGAAAUUUGAUAUUCGCAUUGAACCGCCCUGUGAGAACAGAAGCUUAGAAGAGCCAGCUAUUACUGGUGGUGUUAAUGGCGAACCUGAUAUUGAAAAGAUUAUAUCUGAGGUCAUCCAGACUACCCAGAGGCAUGGACUGAACGAAAAAGCUGCUAAAAGUGAUGUUCUUGAAACAUCCUGGUUAUUACCACCAUGUGAAUUCUUUCAGUUUGAGAAUGUUGGCGAGACUCCAGUUAUGAGGGAUGAAACCAUGACAUGCAAUGUGCCCAAUGGAGCUACGAGAACCUGGAAGAUUAGAAGACUUACUUUCCACCCUUCACAGUAUUCCUCCUGUAAUGGUUCGAUUGAUAAAUCUCAGUACACACUUUGCUUGCUUGACUUUGAACCACUGGAUCAUCAAAUAACUGUGGGAGCCAUCAAUGGAGAUGAGCAAGUUCAUAUUGCUACUCUACCAACUUCUUGUCAUGCAGAAAAGUUUGUGGAUCAAUUCAUUUUACUGAUGAAACGUGAGGGGUACAACCUUUGCAACGAUGAAGUCUGUAAUGGAUCAUCUGAACUCACACAGCAAUCCCAAGAUGUCUCUCAUCUAGGCUGCCCUUCUGGAGAACAUGCAGAAUACCAGAUGUUCUCCCCUUCUCCUGCGAAUAGUUUGCUGAGUAGCAUGGACAAAAAUGUAGGCUGUACCUUCCAGAACAAGCUUCCAGAUUUUCAUGCAACUUUUCCGCAGCCAUUGACUCAGCAGUUGGUACUGACAGAACAACCAUUGACCUUAGAAAGCCCAGAAGUAUUUUUCUUGAAUUCGAGUCAUCUACCAGGUUCUCAGCAGUAUACUGGCCAGUAUCUCCAGGACCAGGUUUCAUCAUUUGCCUGUAACCCAUUUGCAACGAAUCCACACCAAUUUCCAUCUGUAUAUCCAUCUCAGGAAGUUUCCCUGGAUCAGUACUUGCAACGCAGAGAAGAUAUAGUAGGAUUCAGUGCAAGCAGAUACAACCAGUUGAAUCGGGAAGCUUUGAUGGAUCGGUAUUUGCAAUACCGACAUGAUUUCCCAGGAUUCAUUGACAUGUACGGUAUGAGAAAGACUGCAAGGUACAGCCAGUGGUGCCAGGAAUUUCCAUCAGAUCAGUACUUGCGAUACAGAUGUGAUAUACCAUGGUUCAGUGACGCGUAUGGUGCGAGAAUGAGUACAAGCAACUACAGUCAGUGGCGCCAGGUUUGCACACAGAUGGGCAAUGUGGUUUACCAGUGGGAUCUACCGUCUUUCAGCAGGCAGAUUAACAACAGCCCUCCACUGCAUAAUGGUUCGAACACACUACCGGAGCUGCAACCAAUUAGGAGGCCCCAGGUGAGCUCCAGGAGCAUGGACUUUGAUGGCAAUGUCACGAGCACAACGGUUCAGAUCCCCAUGCCUCUCGGUUUCCAGUUCCCGUCGCAAGGAAUGUGGUGAUGUUGUGAUGCCUAGUGUGGUUUUGGCUGGCGCUCCUUCAUUCAUGCAUGUUACAUACUAAUACAAUACAGGGAGUAGAGCAUACAAAUUUCGUUACUGACAGUAGUUGAUGUGAGAAGUUCAUUGUUUGUUUCGGUGUUAAUGAAUGGUACUGUCCUAUACUUUUUUUUACGGUUUAUCAGGUAGUUAUUACGGUGUCUGUAAACUUUAGCGCCUCAUGGUUCAUGAGUAAGUACUUAGUUUGAAACAUAUAUAAGGGAAAGACAUAUAUCGUCAGAAACUGAUUAAAAUUCUCGAUGUCCUUGCAUCA